GGCAGGGCCACCCAUCUGUCAGUCAUCUGAUGUCAUUACCGUGCCAAGUUAGCAGCAUCCGUCCCACCUGGGGAGGGAGGACAAUGACUGAAAGUAACCACCAUCACCAACGGGCAACUAGGGGACGCCGUGGAUCGGGAGCAAAGCAAGUGAAAGAAGACAAUGAAGCUUAUAAAAUAGCCAUACCUUUGGACGAGCCGCACCAAAUGGAAUCGCAGACUCAAACUCAGCAACAGUUGUAUUAUGGUCUGAGCCCUCCUCAGAAUUUUGAUGAGACACCAGAGAUGCCCGCUCCCUCCUUGACCCUGGUGACCAGCAUGAGGACUCAGCUGCACAUGGCCCUGGAGAGGAACUCCUGGCUGCAGAAGCGAAUCGAGGACCUGGAGGAAGAACGGGACUUCCUGCGCUGCCAGCUAGACAAGUUCAUCUCCUGCGCCCGUCUGGAUGCUGAUGAGCACUGCCGCAGCAAGCAGCUCCCACGGCGGUCCGAGGUGUCCGACAGCCGGAACGGGGAUGUGACAGACGACGACAGUAUGGGCUCCUGGAUGAGUGCCGGCCCUGAGGAAGGAGGCUCCGCGGAGCACAAGAAGCAGAAAGGAGGGGUCAACAGGCGGCGCUUUGCCAAGCCCAAAGUCCGCGAGAGGCAGAGAGUCAAAGAUGUGGAUGGGGUACUGUGCCGCUACAAGAAGAUCCUGUACACUUUCCAGAAGCUGCAAAGCAUGAGCCGGGCCUUUGAGCACCACCGUGUGGACCGUAAUACUGUGGCCUUGACCACGCCCAUCGCUGAGCUCCUCAUCGUGGCCCCUGAAAAGGUGGCGGAGGUGGGCGAAUUUGACUCGUCCAAGGAGCGCCUGCUGGAGUAUUCCCGCCGAUGCUUCAUGGCUCUGGACGAUGAGACUCUCAAGAAGGUCCAGGCGCUCAAGAAAAGCAAACUCCUCCUGCCCAUCACCUACCGCUUCAAGCGGAAAACGGACGCCCCCGGCCCAGCGGCCAGCAAUUCCUUACCCUCGCCCACCACCCCACCCAAGCCCCCUCCGCCCAUUGCCGACUGCUUUAAGCGAUGAUCCCCCUCCUGGCUUUGCCUGAACCCACCUUGACAGCCCUCCAGUCUCUUAUUUACGUCUAGUUAUUGAGGAAGCUCUUGCUGUGCUCCCCUGGGGCUCUUCUGCCUUCCUUGUCAGCUCCCUUCACCCUUUCCCGCAGUUUCUAGUGCUAAAGGCAAGCUCUGCCUUUGUAAGGCAAGUGGGAUGCUUAUAUCCUGGCACGUCACCUCUUUGGGAAGCAUAUCUGACCAGGCGCUCCCAUUUAUAUGUCAGCUGGUUAAAGGCUACUGAGAGAUGAACUGGCUUAAAUUCACUCCAUUUGCUUCCAUCCCAAGAACUGGCAAAAUGACUGCCCAGGGGGAGCAGCGGGGAAGCAGGUUAGUGGGACAGAGUACGUCCCAUGCAUAGGUAAGGUGCUGUGGUGGAUAGGUUGCUUCAGACUGGCUGUGCAGGUACAGUAACAGCUAUAGGAUCGCCGAGGCAUUCAUCAGAGACGGUGUCUGCAGCCUUGCAAAUAAACUACUAGGGGACACAUUUUUCUUACACAACACUCCCCUGCAUACUGCUUAUUUGUGGCACGUCAGCAGCCCCAAAGGGCUGAAUAAACAUUGGCAGAAAUUUCCCUGCCUUGUUGCUCAGAGGCCAGUUGUUGUUUUUGCCAUAGGUAAGUGUGUGUGUUUGCAAAAUUGUUUUAACAGCUCUAGAACUUGGGGCAGGGAUGCUCAAGAUGGCUCGGCCUUCCCCUGAAGGCAAUGCCUGUCUCCUUAAGAAGUUAGUGUAGACACUGGAUUUACCCACCUCACAUGCCAUCUCACUGCUCCACUCUACUUUCCAGCCUGCUGUGAAGCAAGACUAGAACUGGAGGGCAAUUGCUGAACAGGCUGCAGUGGUCUUGCCUCUUGGCCACUUCCUUUCCGCUUCCUUUUACAUCAAAUGCUAUUGGCACCUUCUUAAGCUUUUCUCUUCCUGUUGCCUUUUUGCUGUAACAGUCCUUAGCCUGGAGGAAUGAACUGCAGCAUUUGGCUGCCUCCAAAUAAUUCCCUAUAGUCUCCCAAAGAAAUUCCCACAUCCCAAGGUUUCCUUGCAUCUGUUUACCUCCAUGGACACCGCCUGUCCUCUUUCAUGUUUUCCUGUUCCAGGUUCUGAAGCUGGGCUGGGUUUGGUGGCAAGCCAUUUGCACUUCCUUUUUUGCUUCCUGAGACAGAGACUGUGCGCACUCCAACACCUCUGUGGCUUCAAGCUGCCACCGUAUGCGCGAGCAAGGAUUUUGUUUGGUCUCUGCUCCUUUGGGAUGUCUCCUCUUUAUUCAGUGUAAUUAAUGGACUGUUUCCACUGUGCCUGUAAUUUAUCACCCAGUUUUUUCCUGUGUUAAAAAAAAAUUAAAAAGGAAAAUGUAA